UGUAGCUUAAUAACACAUGUGUCCCCGAGGGCUGUCAUCAUGAAUUUUUUAGCAGGUGAUGUUGAAUUCAUUUAUAAAGAGCAAGUGCUCAUCACACCCUGAGAUCACCAAGAGAUUUUGGAGAGCAAGGAAACUUGUCUUAGCACCAUGUUUAGUAGACGGAUUGUCCUUAUCGCUGCUGCUUCUGCCCUGUCCAUUAUUAUCACCCACUGUGAUGACUCUCUUGAAGAUCGCUCUUUGGACACUGCUGCAAAAAGACAGGACGAGAACAAUUUGAUAGAGGCACUGCAAGAGGUUCUUGAGAAGUUAAAGAACAAACAACUUCCACAAACUGGAAAAAAAUUGAGCCUACUUCCUUCGUGCGAUGCAGGUGAGCAGUGUGCAAUACGUAAAGGUGCAAGAGUUGGAAAGCUAUGCGGCUGUCCACAAGGAACAUCGUGCCAUUUUUUUAUUCUGAAAUGCCUUUAAUAAGAUUAAAGAUGCUCAAGGAAAAAUCUCUGUGCUUGAUGUUUUGCUUAUUGAU